AUGGGCGACGGCUCUGACUACCCAAGUCCUCGAAGCGAAGGUCCUUCUGGACCAAACUCUGUUCUCGUUCCUGCCACCGACGCUCUUCCCCCAGCUCCGAAGAUGACCGAUCAACUAUCGCCCAACUUCAUGGAAGGGGCGCGUCCGCGACUGUCGGUGAGACGGGCGCGAGACCCUCCCAAGAAUGCCGCAGGACAGAUCUUUUGCGACCAUCCAGAGUGCCAGCAAGCACCUCCGGUGUUCCGGCGUCCGUGUGAGUGGAACAAGCAUAUGGACAAACAUGACCGUCCGUAUAAGUGCCUAGAGCCUGGAUGCGACAAGAUCCAAGGAUUCACGUAUUCUGGCGGGCUGCUUAGACAUCAACGCGAGGUCCACAAAAAGAAUGUCAACGCCAAGAAGCCUUUGAUGUGUCCGUAUGCCGACUGCAAUCGUAGCACCGGCAAUGGAUUCACGCGUCAGGAGAACUUGAAGGAGCAUCUCCGCCGCCGCCACAUGCACACCGACAAUGGACACGCCUCGGAUUUGUCUAUUGUGCCUACUGCCGAUCUUGAUGGCACUUCGUCCUUGCCUCCCCCGCCUCUCAAGCGGAAACGCGAUUCGAUGGAGGAGGACGCCUCUAUCGACAUUCCGGAGGAAGAAGAGAACGGGGUCGACUUGCGCAAUGAGCUCAAGAGACUGCGACGUGAGGUCCAAGAGAAGGAUCGCCGACUGGAGGAACUGGAACGAAUUGUUUCUGGACUGCAGCAGGCGAUCCCGCAACCGACCGCAUCGUGA